ACGAAGCAAGCCCAUACACAGACGGAGAUGAGUGGAGCGGUUGUGGUUGAGGUUGGAGGCCUGAACACACGGGCGGGCAGGGCGAGCGCCAUGCUGCCAGAGCAUGUGUUGCCGUCCUGGGAGCAGAAGAGCAGCAGAAGCAACAACAGCAGCCGAAGCAGCAGCCGUAACGGCAAGAGCGAAGGUGCUGAGCGGGCGGUGGUGAAGCCCGUCGAGCAUGGCAUGGUCAACAACUGGGACGCCUUCGAAAGCAUGCUUGGCAAGUCGUUCCAGCGCGUGCUCGGGCCCCAGUCGACACAGCCGUCAGCAGCUAUGAACACAGAGGCGGACGCCGAGGCGGAGGGCGAGGGAAUCAGCAGCAGCAGCGGCAGCAGCAGCAACAGUACAAGCAUGCCACCGGUGCUGCUUGUGGACUCGCCAGCGUUAUCGGAGAAGGACCGCGAGCGUGCGUGCGAGCUGGCCAUGGAGAAGUUUGGGGCGCCGUCGUACUUUGCCAUCAACGACCUCGUGGCCAGCGUGUACUCUGCGGGCCGCAUCUCGUCCUACGUGUUUGACAUGGGCUACGACAAGUGCAGCGUGGGCGCCGUGCAUGACGGCUUCCUGUUCCCGCACACGUUCCAGACCGUGCAUGUUGGCGGCGCACACGUGACACAAUGCCUGCGCGACCUCCUGGCCGAGCGAACGCACGAGAUCACCCUGAAGCAAGCAGAGGCAAUCAAACUGGACCGCGUCAGAGUGCCGCUCGACUUUGCGCGCGAGGCGUCCCAGGCGCGGUUCAGUGACGACGACUCCAGCUUCGUCACCCUCCCGGACGGCCAGCGCGUGCCGCUGUCUGAUGCCGGUCUCCGCGCCGCAGAGUCGCUGUUCCAGCCCAUGCUGGCGGGGAAGCCCGGUAUCGGGCUGUCCGACACGCUUGCCGACACGGUGAACAUGUGCCAGCACGACAAGGACUACCAGCCGCUGCAGAACCUGCCGCUCUUCUUCCUCGGCACGGGCGGGGCGUCGCAGCUGCCGGGCGUGGACGAGCGCAUCUACGCUGAUCUUAUGACCAACCUCAUCACCACGUCCGCGUCAAAGCCCAUUUUCAUCAGCGCGUUGCAGCAGGCGCCAGACCGACACCACGCGGCGUGGAUUGGCGGGUCCAUCGUGGCCAGCUUGCCGCGCUUCAUCGACAACAACUUUGUCUCGCGCGCAGAGUAUGAGGAGGUGGGCGCCUCCGCCAUCCACCGGCACUGCUGAUGUGCACACACGCGCGUGCUGUGAGAAGGGGUAGGGGUUUGUUGUUCUGUGGUGUGAGUGUGAGUGCGUGCGUGUGUAUGUAUAUUUGUGUGUGUGUGUGUGUGUGUGUGUAUGUGUGCGUGUGUGUGUAUGUGUGCGUGAUGGUGUGUGUGUGUGUAUGUACAUGUGUGUGAUUUGGCGGGUGGACAGCAGCUGGUUACACGUGUCCACCUCCACAGCACCAGUUGUUCAGUUCUACACGAGUCUGUAUGUAUGUUUGUGUUGCUAUGGACCGAGUUGGGCUGUUCCCAAUCACCCAUGGUGGGAGGGUGGUGAUAUGAGUCGUUGUGUCUGCGGUGGCAUCAUGUGUGACAGCCAACACCGACGAAUGCGUGCUUGCGUUUGCACCGAUUACACGAUUUGAUCAUGACAUGUGUGCGUCUCCUGUGGACCUUGUACUGAUGAUGAC